AUGACAGAAGGGAUGAAGCUCAUCGAGCCUACCAAGCCUGAGGCCAAGAUGCGUCGCAUCGGAGACCAAUUCACGAAAAUCCAGAUCCAUAUCUUGCUCGAGCUACACAAAUCUUGUAAUGGCCCGAUCUGUUAUACAAUACGAACGUGGGCUGCUUCGUCUACGCGCCAUGGUAAAGGCGCAUUUCAUAGAUUCGGUCAACUGUCUCAGGAAAUCCAGAAUUUGAUCUGGGCUUAUGCUCUCUGCGUUGAUGCUCCACGGGCCUACUUCGUGGAUGUCAGGAAAUUGGCUGUCAACCCUCGAAUACUCGAAAUAGCACACUCUUUCCCAGAAAGUCUUGGUAAUUUCCCUCGCCCGCCUGCUUCAAACCCCAAAGGUGAUUAUGACCUGAUGCGAGUCCCCAUACGCAUGAUACUUGACAACUCGCAUGACAAUUCUACGAGGGCGAAGGAAGUAAGCGGCCUUGACAUCGACGCAGCCAGCGAUUUGGUCAUUGUCGAGAGAUGGUGUCACGGUAGUGACCGUGUAAGUGGGUUCCACGGCGCCGAAAACUACUGGCCGCAUUGGAGGUACAUGACAUACGACGGUCUAGGAGGCAUCCGAAGGGUAGCUAUACCGGUUGACGAAAACCUUGAUUACGCCGAUGAUUCCCGUUAUCUGGCAUGUGUGAAAGCCGUGUUUCCUGAUAUACAAACGCUUUACUUCUACAUGCAGCCAGCUCAGCUAGUUCCACUCAAGAAGCGCCACAAAGGGAUACCCAACUUCCUCACCGCUCAGCCAUGGCCAGGUGAUGAAAUCUUCAGGACUCGCGGCCGCAUAUUCUACGACAUAGAUCCUUGGGAGAUGAGACGUGCUGGAAUCGACACGGAUGGCUAUGUUGAACCGUGGCAGAGGAAGAGGUGGAGGUGGAAGCGGAAGGGCAUAGCUUGUAUUAAGUUCAUUACUUGGCAAUGGAUCCAGUGA